AUGAGCUCCAGCGGCGGUGGAGCCAUUUUGAAACGAAAUCAGUUUCCAACUAAACGCGGCCGGAGGAAGAGGAGCGCGAACGGCAGCCCUCACUUCCAGCGCCCCAGUUACCACGUCUCUGUGGCCGAGAACGAGCCCCCGGACACCCGCGUGAUCGUCCUCAAAGCCACCGACCCGGACCGGGGCGCCGCCGCCAGACUGCGCUACACCAUAGAGUCCCUGAAGAACAAGCGGUCCAGCGACUACUUCCAGAUGGACCCCGACACCGGCACAGUCAGCACCACACAAGCCCUGGACCGGGAGGACGCCGAGACCCACGUGUUUAAAGUCACUGCAUACGACCAUGGAACACCUCGUAAAAUGGGAGCUGCAAUCCUGAUUGUGACAGUCAGUGAUGUGAAUGACCAUGCCCCACUCUUUGAGCUGUCUGAGUAUAGAGAAAUCAUCCGGGAGAACGUGGAGGUGGGCUACGAGGUGCUGACCAUCAGAGCAACCGACAGCGAUGCACAUUCCAAUGCGAACAUGCUGUACCGCGUUGUCAACAGUGAGGGAAACAAUGCUGUCUUUGAAAUCGAUUCCCGUUCCGGGAUUUUGAGGACCAGAGAGAUUGUAGAUCGGGAAUUGGUGUCCGAAUACCAUUUAAUAGUGGAGGCAAAUGAUCAGGGCAAAGACCCUGGUCCUCUUAGUGCUACGGCAGCUGUUUAUAUAACUGUAGAGGACGAGAACGACAACACCCCACAGUUUACUGAGAAACGGUAUGUAGCGCAAGUGCCUGAAAAUGUUUCUGUAAAUACUAAAAUCCUGCAAGUCAAAGCUACUGAUCAGGAUAAAGGGAACAAUGCUUUAAUUCAUUACAGCAUAGUGAGUGGAAAUAUAAGAGGUCAGUUUUACAUAGAUUCCAUGACUGGCAAUAUUGAUAUUACUAACCCAUUGGAUUACGAGACAACGAGAGACUACACCCUUCGAAUCAAAGCGCAGGAUGGUGGGAGACCACCGCUGAUCAACAGUACUGGCUUGGUCUUAGUACAAGUAAUUGAUGUGAAUGACAAUGCCCCAAUAUUUGUAAGCACACCUUUUCAGGCCACAGUAUUGGAGAAUGUAGCUGUUGGAUAUUCGAUAAUUCACAUCCAGGCUAUCGAUGCUGAUUCUGGGGAAAAUGCUCGCUUGGAAUACAGACUGAUAGAUACACCUGCAGACUUUCCACUUAUUAUAAGCAAUAACACUGGUUGGAUUACAGUUGCUGUGGAAUUGGACAGAGAGACUAAUGAUUUUUAUACUUUUGGUGUAGAAGCCAGGGAUAACGGGGUCCCUUAUAUGACUUCCUCUGCUGAUGUCAGUAUCACUGUGUUGGAUGUGAAUGACAACCAUCCUACCUUUACUGAAAGAGCUUAUUAUCUAAGGCUAAAUGAAGAUGCACCCUUGGGUAGCAGUGUGUUGACAGUCACAGCAAUCGACAAGGAUGUUAACAGCGUGGUGACCUAUCAGAUUUCAAGUGGAAAUACAAGAAAUCGUUUUUCAAUAACCAGCCAAAGUGGUGGUGGGCUGAUCACUUUAGCUUUGCCCUUAGAUUACAAGCAGGAAAGACAGUACGUCCUUACAGUUACGUCGUCUGACGGAACACUGAUGGAUACAGUUCAGGUAUAUAUCAACGUGACCGAUGCCAACACACACAGGCCAGUAUUCCAGAGCUCACAUCACACAGUCAGCAUCAAUGAGGAUAAACCGGUUGGUACAAAAGUGAUGGUUAUCAGUGCGACUGAUGAGGAUACAGGAGAGAAUGCGAGGAUAACGUAUUUCAUGGAAGACAAUAUCCCCCAGUUUAAGAUCGACCCAGACUCUGGAACCAUUGUUACACAAAUGGAGCUGGACUAUGAGGACCAAGCAUCAUACACAUUGGCAAUAACUGCAAGAGAUAAUGGAAUCCCUCAGAAAUCUGAUACCACCUAUGUUGAAAUUCUGGUUAACGAUGCUAAUGACAACAGCCCGCAGUUUGUGCGAGAUCUGUACCAGGGCACCAUCUAUGAAGAUGUUCCCAUGUCCACUAGCGUGUUGCAGAUUUCAGCCACUGACCGUGAUUCAGGGCUCAAUGGGAGAGUGUAUUAUACAUUCCAAGGUGGUGAUGAUGGGGAUGGAGAUUUCUACAUCGAAACCUCAUCGGGGAUUGUUCGAACAGGAAGAAAGUUAGACCGAGAGAAUGUGCCAGUUUACAAUUUAAAAGCCUAUGCUGUGGACAAGGGUAACCCACCACUUAAGGCAGUUGUGAACAUUCAGAUCACUGUACUGGAUGUAAAUGACAAUGCUCCUGCUUUCGAAAAGGAUGAGUUUGACCUUUUCAUAGAUGAGAAUAGUCCUGUUGGCUCAUCGGUAGCUAGGAUCAUAGCGACGGAUCCUGAUGAAGGAACAAAUGCACAGAUAAUGUAUCAGAUAGUGGAAGGAAACAUUCCUGAGGUUUUCCAUUUGGAUAUGUUUACAGGAGACCUUUCUGCCCUUACAGAUCUGGAUUAUGAAAUGAGAACUGAAUAUAUCAUUGUGGUCCAAGCCACUUCAGCACCUUUGGUUAAUCGAGCCACAAUUCACAUUCGGCUUGUGGAUCAAAAUGACAAUGCUCCAGUACUUAGAAAUUUUGAGAUCAUUUUUAACAACUAUGUUACUAACAAGUCAAAUAGCUUUCCUUCAGGUGUGAUAGGGAGGAUUCCAGCCUAUGACCCGGACGUAUCGGACAAUCUUCUUUACACCUUCGUGGAGGGCAAUGAAUUGAAUCUUCUGAUUUUGGAUCAAUACAGUGGACAUCUAAAAUUGAGUCAGAACUUGGACAACAACCGACCUCUAGAAGCAAUCUUGAAGAUCUCGGUCACAGAUGGUCUUCACACCGUCACUGCACUAUGUAACCUGAGAGUGACCAUCAUCACUGAGGACAUGCUGACAAACAGCAUCACUGUGAGACUGGAGAACAUGUCCCAGGAGAAGUUCCUUUCUCCACUUCUCUCCCUUUUUGUGGAAGGAGUUGCCGCUGUGCUCUCUACGACCAAAGAUGACAUCUUCAUUUUUAAUAUUCAGAAUGAUACGGACGUGAAAGCCAACAUCCUGAAUGUCAGCUUCUCUGCCUUGUUGCCAGGUGGUGUUCGGAACCAAUUCUUCCUCUCAGAGGAUCUGCAGGAGCAGAUUUACCUGAACCGUACACUGCUCACCACCAUCUCCUCCCAGAGGGUCCUGCCCUUCGACGACAACAUUUGCCUGAGAGAGCCUUGCGAAAACUACAUGAAGUGUGUCUCUGUGCUGAAGUUUGACAGCUCAGCACCUUUCAUUUCGUCCGAAACGGUCUUGUUCCGGCCUAUCCAUCCCAUCAAUGGGUUGCGAUGCAGGUGUCCGACUGGAUUUACUGGGGAUUAUUGUGAGACCGAAAUUGACUUGUGCUAUUCCGAUCCCUGUGGUAAUCAUGGCCUCUGCAGAAGCAGAGAAGGAGGCUAUACUUGUGAAUGCUAUGAAGAUUAUACAGGUGACCACUGUGAAAUGAGUGCUCGGUCAGGCCGCUGUGCUCCUGGAGUUUGCAAGAACGGAGGGAGCUGCAUCAAUCUGCUUGUUGGUGGUUUCAGAUGUGAAUGCCCAUCUGGCGAGUACGACAGGCCAUACUGCAAAAUGACCACCCGCAGCUUUCCAGCACAAUCGUUCGUAACUUUCAAGGGCUUACGGCAACGCUUCCAUUUCACUGUCUCUCUUAUGUUCGCAACGAAAGAGAGAAAUGCCUUGCUGCUUUACAAUGGGCGGUUUAAUGAAAAACAUGACUUCAUUGCAUUGGAGAUCAUUGAAGAACAAAUCCAGCUGACGUUCUCAGCAGGUGAAUCUACAACCACAGUCGCACCCUUCAUACGAGGUGGAGUAAGUGAUGGACAGUGGCACUCGGUCCAGGUGCAGUACUAUAACAAGCCAAAUAUUGGCAGAUUAGGUAUUCCUCACGGACCUUCUGGGGAGAAAGUCGCUGUAGUUACUGUUGAUGAUUGUGACACCGCAGUGUCCAUACGCUUUGGAAACCAAAUUGGAAACUAUUCAUGUGCUGCCCAGGGAACUCAGACUGGAUCAAAGAAGUCGCUGGAUCUGACUGGUCCUUUGCUACUUGGAGGUGUCCCAAACCUGCCUGAAGAUUUCCCUGUUCGCAAUCGUGAAUUUGUGGGAUGUAUGAGAAAUUUCACGAUCGACGAUAAGCAGCUUGACAUGGCUAGUUUUAUAGCCAAUAAUGGCACAGUAGCUGGAUGUACUACUAAAAGAAACUUCUGCCAGAUGAAUGAGUGUCUGAACGGAGGGACAUGUGUGAACAAGUGGAACACGUACACUUGCCAGUGCCCCAUAGAGUUUGGGGGUAAGAACUGUGAACAAGCGAUGCCCAAUCCCCAGCGUUUCAGGGGCAGCAGUAUGAUCUCCUGGGAUGAUCUUGACAUCACUAUCUCGGUACCCUGGUAUAUAGGGCUGAUGUUCCGCACAAGAAGAGCCAAUGGACUCCUGCUGCAGGCACGUGCUAAUACACCCUCCAAACUUAACAUCCAGAUAACUGAUCGGAACCUGCAGCUUGAAGUGUAUAACAGACGUGGACUAAAAGCCAGACUGAAGAUGACCCAGUCACGAGUCAAUGAUGGAGACUGGCACCAUUUAUUGAUUGAGAUAAAAAGUAUGAAGGAUGGCAAAGACAUCAAAUACAUGGCGGUGAUGUCUCUUGAUUAUGGAAUGUACCAAAACAGUAUAGAAAUCGGGAACGAAUUGCCAGGCUUAAAACUAAAAAGCAUCUUUGUUGGAAGUCUGCCUGAAGAUAAAGAUGCAAAAAGUCAAGGUUUUUAUGGUUGCAUGCAGGGCCUGAGAAUGGGUGACACAUCAACAAAUACUGCUACACUGAACAUGGAUCAGGCUGUGAAGCUUCGAGUAGACAGUGGCUGUGAGAUCCCUGAUCCUUGUAAAUUCAGUCCAUGUCCCACAAACAGCAACUGCAAUAAUGACUGGGACAGCUACACCUGCAUCUGCAAGCCAGGUUUCUUUGGGAAAGACUGUGUGGACAUCUGCAGCCUCAAUCUGAACCCAUGCCAGCAUGUGUCCAGCUGUGUCCAUAAGCCAAGCUCCUCACAUGGAUAUAAGUGUGAUUGUGGACAAAACUACUAUGGCCAGUACUGUGAAAACAAGAUUGACCAGCCGUGUCCAAGAGGUUGGUGGGGGAAUCCCAUCUGUGGUCCAUGUCACUGUGAUAUCAGCAAGGGCUUUGACCCCGACUGCAACAAAACCACGGGGGAAUGCAGGUGCAAGGCAAACUAUUACAGGCCACAGAACAAUGGCACUUGUUACCCAUGUGAUUGUUUUCCUAUUGGCUCUCAAGCCCGCACGUGCGAUGAAGAAACUGGUCAAUGUACCUGUAAACCUGGUGUGAUAGGGCAACAGUGCAACCGCUGUGACAACCCGUUUGCUGAAAUCACCAGUAAUGGCUGUGAAGUGAAGUACAAUGUGUGUCCAAAAGCUUUUGAAGCCGGAAUUUGGUGGCCAAGGACAAACUUUGGACUCCCAGCAGCCAUGCCAUGUCCCAAAGGAUCGAUUGGAACGGCAAUCCGGCACUGUAAUGAAGAAAAAGGUUGGCUGCCCGCAGAUCUCUUCAAUUGUACAACACUUGCCUUUGCCGAACUCAAGAUAAUCAUGGAAAAGCUUUAUCGCAAUGAAACAAAGAUGGAUGCACAUAAAUCAAAGCAGCUGGCUAACAUGCUGCGCAAUGCCACCAAACACACAGUUACAUAUUACGGGAACGAUGUGAAGAUUGCAAAUGAACUGAUGAAGAGGAUUCUUCAGUAUGAGGGCACACAGCAGGACUUCGAUUUGGCUGCCACUCAGGAUGUAGAGUUCAAUGAGAAUAUAAUAAGAACAGCCAGUGCCAUUCUGGAUCUUGAGAACAAAGAGUACUGGGAACAAAUCCAGCGGACUGAAGGAGGUACAGCACACCUAAUGAAGCAUUACGAGGAAUAUGCUCACACCAUAGCACGAAACAUGAGGAAAACCUACCUCCGACCCUUCACCAUUGUCACACCCAACCUGAUCAUUGCUGUUGACCUUCUGGAGCCUAAAUUCCUGGGUGCCAGUGUACCACAGUUUGAGAAAAUCCGUGAAAAGAUUCCAGAAGACCUUGAAUCUACUGUAUACUUUCCAGAAAGUCUUUUCAAAAUUGAAGGGCAGGGCUAUUUCCCUCAAUUCAACAUAACCGGAAGGUCGAAAGACUUGUCAUCAAAAAGGAAGAAAAGAAGUACAGAAGGGCCUCAGCAUUAUGCCGUUGCUGUGGUGAUUGUAUACAGAUCUCUGGGAUGGCUUCUACCAGAGAGGUAUGAUCCUGAUCGGAGAAGUAUGAGAGUACCCAACCGGCCAGUCAUAAACACACCCAUCAUAAGUGCUACUGUUUACACUGAAGACCAGCUUUUGCCCCCGCAGCUCGAGAAGCCCAUUACACUAAAUUAUCGUUUGUUUGUGACUGAGGAAAGGUCUAAACCUCUGUGUGUGUUCUGGAACCACACUCUGGUGAUUGGAGGAACAGGAGGAUGGUCCUCCAGAGGGUGUGAACUGGUCCUCAGAAACAAAACCCAUAUCAGCUGCCAGUGCAAUCACAUGAGCAGCUUCGCAGUGCUAAUGGAUAUCUCCAAGCGAGAGCACGGUGAGGUGUUGCCAUUGAAGAUUGUCACAUACACCACCGUCUCAAUCUCCUUGUUCGCUUUGUUUGUCACAUUCUUGUUCCUCGUCCUUGUCCGAAUCCUGCGCUCAAACCUUCAUGAUAUCCACAAAAACCUGGUAGCCGCUCUCUUCUUCUCUGAGCUUGUGUUCCUCAUUGGAAUUAAUCAAACCGAUAAUCCAUUUGUCUGCACUGCGAUCGCCUUCCUGCUCCAUUACUUCUACAUGUGCACAUUUGCCUGGACAUUUGUGGAGGGUUUCCACAUUUACCGCAUGCUCACCGAGGUCAGGAAUGUGAACUACGGGCGAAUGAGAUUCUACUAUGCCAUCGGCUGGGGAAUUCCUGCCAUUAUAACAGGUCUGGCUAUGGGGCUGGAUCCACAAGGAUAUGGGAACCCUGACUUUUGCUGGCUGUCUGUCCAUGAUACACUCAUCUGGAGUUUUGCUGGCCCCAUCUGCGGAGUGGUCAUUGUAAACAUUAUCAUAUUUAUACUAGCUGCUAAAGCAUCUUGUGGGCCCAGACACAGAUCCUUUGAAAAGACUGGUGUUACAUUCAGCCUGAGGACAGCUUUUCUGUUGCUGCUGCUGAUCAGUGCUACUUGGCUGCUUGGGUUAAUGGCUGUAAAUAAUGAUACUAUGGCAUUCCAUUAUCUCUUUGCCAUCUUCAGCUGUUUACAGGGACUCUUCAUUUUUUUCUGCCACUGUAUCCUUGACAAAGAAGUUCGAAAAACUCUAACAAACAUAUUCACUGGAAAGAAACCACAUCCUGAUGACACAGUCCUGACCAGAACCACCGUCUUAUCACGGUCGCUCAACUGUAACAAUACAUACGUAGAUGAAGGUCGAAUGUAUCGCACAACCAUCGGUGAAUCUACUGCCUCCAUGGAGAGCACUGUCAGGUCAGCCAAGAGCCACAAUAGCUUCGUUGCUCAUAUUCUCAGGGAUGAAACUCAGAGAGUGAGCUUAUUAUCAAGUCAAGCAGAGGCUGGCCCCACGGAACCUGAUUCCGGAAUAUUCCACAAAAAAACAAGGAAGCCUGAGGAGCCAGAUUCUGAUUCAGACAGUGAACUUUCUUUGGAAGAUGAUCAUAGCAGCUCCUAUGCUUCUAGUCGUUCAUCAGAUAGUGAAGAUGAGUUUCCAGCAGACCCGACCUGGAGCAAAGCAACACUUAAAAACAAUGAAAAACAUCCAGUACACAGCACACCAAAGGCUGAGUGCAUGCCCAAUCAUGUUAAGCCUUAUUGGCCUGCCGAAUGUACCACAGCCAGUGAUAGCGAAGAUCACGGGACUGCGGAGAAACUAAAGGUGGAAACAAAAGUAAACAUCGAGUUGCACAGAGAAAAUAAAAUGAAUCACUGUGGGGACAUUCCCAAAGUGGAUGAGGAGGAGGAUGUACAGCAGAAUGAAAGCAUACCCGGUCCUCAGCCUAUCUCCAAUCCACAACCAGAACAAAGAAAAGGUAUCCUUAAAAAUAAAGUCACUUACCCACCACCAUUGAAAGAAAAUAGGAUAAAUCGAAUACAUAAUGAACUCUCAAAUUGUAAAACAGCAACAGUCUCCUCCCGGACCUCCUCAUUAGGGUCCAGCGACGGAACCCGUUCAGCCACGGGCACAGGCAUAGUGAUAAAGCAGCCGAUCAGACCACAGUCUCGAGACCAGUUAAAUGGGAUGGCAUCUAUACCUAUGAGUAUUAGAACGGGCACUGUCAAUGGGGACACCUCUGAUUCAGAAGGAAGUAACGAAACCUCAAUCUGACCCAUCAGGAUAUCAGAAAAGCGACUGGAAUCCUGAGACCUCUCAUCAAGCCGAUGUCACUUUCCGUGUCCCACAGACCGCUCUGCUGCACUUGAAUGAAUAAGAUUUACUUCCAGCCAACAGCAGCAAAAAGGGAAACAAGGCUCACGAAUGGAGAAAACUACAUGAGGAUGAAAUUGGAAGGUCGGGUACAUGUGACUUGCAAGGGACAUAUUUAACGUGUGCCAAAAAUAUAAGAAAGGACAUCCAACCACUAUGCAGCUAAACUGAUUGUGGACUAACUGGAUACCAGCCCUCAAGCCAAAUCCCUGAGUGCUUCCACUGCCUUAUAUUCAGUCCUCCUGAGAUGAACCGGUCUGACAUAUUUACAUUAAAAAGCACGAUAAAGUAAGACUGUGCCUCAACGGCAAAUCUUGGAACGACUUUAACGGGAUACAGAAUUCCACAGGAUACGUCGUACACAUCGAUGGAAGUGUGUGUCUCUCUGAGAUUCAAUGUCCUUCCAUCUCAUCACUUGCCUUGGGAUGGAAUCGGGGUGGGAAAAGGGGAUAGUCUUAAAAUGAAUGCCUUUUGUACAACAAAAUUCUAAAAUGUGUAGAUAGUUUUAUAUAUUUUGUAUGUUGAUACUUCUGAAGAACUCAUUUGUAUAUGCUUAAUUGGUCUUGAUUUGUUUUAUUAAUUUGAUUACAAGCAGUUUGCUGAAUAAGUAAAUCUUCAGACUUUUAUAAAGGCAAGAAGAUUACACAAUUUUAUUUGAAUUUGGUGUGUUUAUAUUGUAAAGUCAACAUUUUUUCUAUUAAAAUAAGACUUUUUAAGAGCAAGAAAAUAUGAAUGUGUAACUUCUAAAAUAAGAAAAGUUUAGAAAUCAAUCCAAGUUCUGUACUUAGCUUAAAGCUACUUGAACUUUUGUGUUAAAUACCAUAGGUAUUGUGUGGGUCACUUUCAGUUUAGGCACACCUGCUGGUUCAUGUGAGAUGUGGGUAGAGUCUUUUGUCAGGUCUGCCAACCAAUCUUCUUUUAUUUGUUUGGGUACAUGUGAAUAUUUUGACAAUAAUAUUGUAGAUUUGGCUUCAAUUGUCUAAGGCAAAAACUGUCAGAACAGUUCCCAUUUGUAUAUUAUGACUAUAGGCUGUAGUAAGUUCUUCUACACUAUUUCAGAAUUGUUUUUGUUUAAAAAGGUUAAAGCAAUUUUAUUCAAGGCAGAACAUUUUAAAAACUGGACUUUUUUUAUUUUAUGGCAGGAAAAUAGACACUGGAGUUUUUUUUAAAAUGUAUGCUAUUUAUUAACAUGCAGAAAGAACACUGGAGCACAGUACAGAGAAACAAAAUUGUAAAAUAAAGAGAUUUUGACUUUUUC